GUGUGUGUGUGUGUGUGUGUGUGCGCGCGUGCUUGUGUUAGCAGCCCCGGCAUCCUUUUGCGGGCGUUCAGAGCGCGAGAGCUCGAUGCAGCCCCACAGUCCUUUUGGGAACAUGUAAGCGCGGACCGAACGUUUGGGUGCCUGUGGGCGCAUGAGGCGAUAUGGACUGCAAAUGAUGAACUUGGCUUUGCCUCAUUCGAACGUCAUCUUUUAGACCGUCAUUAUUUGUAAGAUGAAUCAUUCGAUUACAAUAAUGCGGACAAGUCGGCGUUGAUUGUGGCUCAGUUCAAGAUGAAGAAGCAGUUCAAUCGGAUGAGGCAGCUCGCCAACCAAACGGUGGGAAGGGCUGAAAAAACUGAGGUGCUGAGCGAAGACCUUCUGCAGGUGGAGAAGCGUUUGGACCUGGUCAAGCAAGUCACGCACAGCACUCACAAGAAGCUGACAGCCUGCCUGCAGGCCCACCAAGGGGCCGACGUGGAGAGGAAAUCACUCAAGUCGCCUUCCAAAAAGCUCCCGCUCAGCAUCCUGGCCCAAUGCAUGGCGGAGGGAGCGGCAGUAUUGGGCGACGACGCCCUCUUGGGGAAGAUGCUGAAGAUGUGUGGAGAGGCGGAGGAGAAGUUGGCCCAGGAGCUGAUGGACUUUGAGCUGCAGGUGGAGCGAGAUGUGGUGGAGCCGCUCUCCACGCUGGCCGAGGUGGACAUUCCCAACAUACAGAAACAAAGGAAGCACUUAGCUAAACUGGUCUUGGACAUGGACUCGUCGCGGACAAGAUACCAGCAGUCGUCCAAGUCGUCGAGCCACCCCGGCACCCUCCAGCCUGGCGCCAAGUCAGACUCGCUCCGAGAGGAGAUGGAGGAUGCGGCCACUCGGAUGGAGAUCUGCAAGGAUCAGCUCUCUGCCGACAUGUACGCUUUUGCGGCUAAAGAGGUGGACUAUGCCAAUUACUUCCAGACGCUCAUGGAGACGCAAGCGGAGUACCACAGCAAGUCACUGGAGAUUCUGACCGCCAUCCUGCCCCAAAUUAGGGCGCACCAAGAGGCAUGGCUCGAGAAGCCGUCCUUCGGCAAGCCUCUGGAGGAGCACCUGAACAUCAGCGGCCGAGAAAUCGCCUUCCCGAUCGAAGCCUGCGUUACCGCACUGCUGGAGUGCGGCCUACGAGAGGAGGGCCUUUUCCGAGUGGCUCCGUCGGCCUCCAAACUGAAGAAGCUGAAAGCCUCCCUGGACUGCGGCGUUCUGGAUGCACAGGAGUACUCCUCGGACCCACACGCCAUCGCAGGUGCUCUCAAAUCGUACCUGCGCGAACUCCCCGAGCCGCUGAUGACCAUGGAGCUUUACGACGAGUGGAUCCAGGCCUCCAACAUUCAAGAUAUGGACAAGAGACUGCAAGCAUUAAUGGGAACAUGUGCAAAGCUGCCCACGGACAACUUAAACAACUUCAGAUACCUGGUCAAAUUCUUAGCCAAACUGAGCGAGUACCAGGACUCCAACAAGAUGACGCCAGGCAACAUGGCCAUCGUCUUGGGCCCCAACUUACUGUGGACGCACAGCGAGCCGGACAUGACGGAGGUGAUGACCACACUGUCGCUGCAGAUGGUCGGAAUCAUUGAGCCCAUCAUCCAGCACGCCGACUGGUUCUUCCCUGGCAAGAUGGACUUCAACCUGACGGGCAGUUACGGCAGCCCCGUCCACGUCAACUACAACUGCAACUACAGCUCCCUGCCGUCCCCCGACACGGAGCAGUCGGAACGCAUGCGGCCGCACCAUGACCAGAGCCGGCGCCCCCUCAGCGUUGCCACGGACAACAUGAUGCUGGAAUUCUACAAGGAAAAGGAUGGCAUUAGGAAAAUCCAAAGCAUGGGCGUGCGGGUCAUGGAUACUUCCUGGAUGUCGCGCAAGGGCUCGUCUACGCUGGCCCGCAAGAGCUGCUGCACCCCGCCAGGGGUCUGCUCCACGCCCGCCGACCCGCUCGCCGCCACCGAGCAGGCCGCCUCGCCGGCUGUCUCGCCGCCCCCCACGCCGCCCCCCGCAGAAAGGGUCAGCUCAGACGUGUGGGCCAAUCGGCCGGACACCUCUCAGGCCCGGCCGCCCCCAGGGGAGGACCGGCCACCCCCUCCCUAUCCUGCCGCCUCCCACCACCACUUCUACCCCAAGCCCCCUCCCUGCGCCCGUCCCGCGGCGCCUGGCCCUGAGUCGCAGCCACCGGCCUCGCCCCCGCACCACCGGUCAGGGUUCGCACCCCCGGCCCCACUCCCGUCCUCCUCCUCUUCCUCCUCGUCCUCCUCGCUCGACAUCAAUUCCAACCCCAAGCCCAGCUGCCUGCACUUCCCCAAGCACAGCCCGCCCGGCGACGGUAACGCAUCGCCGCUUUUCCUCAAACCCGCCCUGGUGCUCGCCCGCCAUGAGCAGUGCCUCGGCUAUCCCCCCUCUGCGCCCCCGCCGUGGGCCGCCUGUCCCGGCGCCAGAGAGAGAGGAGUCCCAAGGCCGACUAGUUCGUCCAAGAGUAAAGAGCACUCCCCUGUCAUUGGCCACAAAGGCAUCCAAGCGGCAAGUUCAACAGUGCCCCUUAGCGACAGUCCGCAGAAUUGCAGUCCGUGCCCCCGCCCUGGAGAGCGCAGCCCGCGCAGCCUGGGCAAAGGUUCCAAAAAGUUGGCGCCCGUGCCUCCAAAGGUCCCGUACUGUCAGCCAGUGGCACUGUCCGACCAGUCCGCCGGGCAGCCGUCACCAGUCAGCCUAUCGCCCACCCCGCCCGGCACACCCUCUGUUUACGGACUGCUCUGCGCUCCGGGUCAAGCGUUGCCACCGUGCUCCCCGGGGCAGGCCCUCUCGGGGGCGCCCCACUCCCUUUCGUCGCCGCCCUCGCUGGCCGGGACGCUCGCCAAGUCACGGCCCAGGCCCAGGCAGAGGCCCGACCUGCCCCCGCCACAGCCGCCUGUUGGCUUGGGUGGUCGGGACCCGGGCCCAGUCCGAGCCCCGGCGCUCCAGCCACCGGAGCCGGCCCUCACUGACGGACUGUCUCCGGGGGAGAGCAUGUCGACAGAUAUCUUCAACUACGAAAUCCCCUCCAUCAAUAUCAACCUGGACAGCCUCAUCGACGAGUUUAGCGGCGCCCCCCGCAGGAGGUCACCGCCCGCCAAUGAGGACGAACGGCUGGCCACCGCUCUAUGACGUGGCUCGGUGCCGAAAGCCAAAAGCCAGAGGGAAGAAUGCCUCACUUGGCUUCAUUGGCGGAAAAAAGAAAGGAAGGAAAAGGAAGAAUUUGCAUCCAGAACAGAAGGAAAAAGCAAAACUCGGGGACAAAGCAGUGCCUUUCGGAGGAAAGACCCGAUUCGAGCUUAUCCCCAAGCUUAUCCAGCCCCACCCCCCGGCGUGCUGCGUUCAUGGUUCUUUUGGGUUUGCCUUCGAUGCCGCUGCGUCCGCGUGAUGCUCUCGCUGUCGUUGGGGCUGCGGUGCGUUUUGCUUCACGGGCCGACCGUCUUCAUUGGCGACUGGGCUCAAAUAGUGGCCUCGGGCGUUUCUCUCUUUUUGCCUCUUGAAGCAUCUAUAUGAGGAGGGCCUUUAUGAGGUGGCGGACACGCCCACGUACAACUCUCUGUUUCUUGUUGAAAUGUCUGACAGCUCUCCUUUGUGUAAAUGGGCGCUUUGCAGAUGCCAAGCCU